AAUAAAUAAAGAAAUUAAGUGUGGUUGUCUGGUAGGCCGCGAAUGGCAGCUUCUGGUCUCUUCUUCCUCAGACCCUCUCCCUUUCACUCCUUCACUGUUAAUUCAGUUUCUCACUCUCUCUUUCCUUCUAAAUCCCGCCCCUUUCUUCUCAAAGCUUCAAAUAUGGAAGGAAGUGAAAUUAAGGUGGAAGAAGAAGCGAGUAGUAGCCAAAAGAAGAAGAAGAUAUUUGUAGCAGGUGCCACUGGGAACACCGGCAAGAGGAUAGUUGAACAGCUUCUCACAAAGGGGUUUGCUGUUAAGGCAGGCGUUCGCGAUGUAGAUAAGGCCAAAACAAGCUUACCCGGCGGAAACUCUCAUCUUCAAAUUGUAAAAGCUGAUGUAACAGAGGGAGCUACUAAAUUAGCUGAUGCCAUAGGUGAAGAUUCAGAUGCAGUGAUAUGUGCAGCUGGAUUUCGGCCUUCAUGGGAUUUAUUGGCUCCAUGGAAGGUGGAUAACUUUGGCACCGUAAACCUCGUUGAUGCAUGCAGAAAACAAGGCGUUAAUAGGUUUAUCCUUAUAAGCUCUAUCCUAGUCAAUGGAGCUGCAAUGGGACAGUUGUUUAAUCCAGCCUACAUAUUUCUUAAUGUGUUUGGACUGACGUUGAUCGCGAAGCUUCAAGCAGAGCAGUACAUAAGGAGGUCGGGGAUCAAUUACACAAUCAUAAGGCCUGGUGGACUGAAAAAUGAUCCUCCAAAUGGAAACAUAGUCAUGGAGCCAGAGGAUACACUUUCUGGAGGUGCUAUAUCUAGAGAUCAGGUUGCUGAAGUUGCAGUCGAGGCGUUGCUCCAUCCAGAAUCUCACUACAAAGUGGUGGAGAUAGUUGCUAGAACCGAAGCCCCUAAGCGUUCGUUCAAGGAACUUUUUGGUUCUAUAAAACCACGUAAGAAAAAACAGCAAAAGAAAAGAGCAGCAGAAGAAGAAGAAGAAGAAGCUGUUCACUUGCAUACUUAAGAGGUUCCCACAUCGGCGGAAGACAAAAGGUGGAGCAUGGAAAUGAGAUAUAAAAGUGGGCCGAGUACUAUUGGAUUACAUACUUACCUGGACGGGGUCAAUGGGCGAUCAGCAAGGCCCAUGGCCUAGGUUGAUGACUUCCAUUGCACUUUGGAAGGGUGGUAACCUAAGGUCUACCUUAAUGGUGGAGCCUAUGUCAUAAUUUGUGGUAGAGGGGCCUGCGUUCGCGCGGCCCUUACC